GCAGCUCGGAGCACCCAGGGCAGGGGAGGGAGAGAGGCACAUCUGCUCGGCGCUGGUCCACUCUGCCUUGGAGGGGAGAGGCCGAGCCAGAUACACCGCGAGCCUCAGAAGCGGGAUGAACAUCAAGGUUGGGAACGUGUCUUACACGGGAGCCAUCAUAUCCUGGUCAUCCUCGGAGCCCUGUCUGGACGACUAUUACCAUAUUAUGUAUAGGCCCAACUGGAACCGCAUCUUCUCCGGCUAUCUCCGCUACAGCUUCCACCACGAGGAGAAGGUGCCUCGGACCAUCAGCUCCGUGGCGUUGGAUCACCUGGCCCCUUCUACUCUCUACUUCUUGUGCAUCAGCUGCAAGAAGGCUGCUUUCCCCUACAGGCACUACUGCACCAUGUUCCACACCCUGGAUAAGAAUCCGCUGGCUGCGGGGCGCUCCCUGGUGGAUCCCCAAAUCUCCCUGUGGGUGUUGCUGGCCAUCCUUCUGGCUUGCUUCACUGCAGUCCUGGCUUUCAUCUGCCUCCAGUUCUGGUGCAUCCGCUGUCACGAGCCCCGAUGGUCUUACAGAGCUGGCCACAUGGAGGAGGCCAAUGGGCUGGUGAGGUGGCCUGAGGAGGUCCCAGCUCUUGGCCAGAGAGAGGAUGACCUGCAGGGGCUUCCACUGGUGGAGCUGCCACGCAAGAACUCUGGAGCUGGAGCGGAACCGGAAGCUGGAGCCCACCGGGAUUCCCCUGAUCUGGGAGCCUCGCCCAGAGAGCGCAGGGACCAAGCAGCCAUACUGCCUCUCUAUAGGCAGUGA